CGCGCUCAUCUGAUCCGAAAUCGCUACAUGUCGCAGCUUGUGCCGAAGCGGCGCUACAUUAUCAUGGCGAUCAUCCUCGUGCUGCUCAACCUCUACCUGACCAUCCAGACCGUGUGCGUGGCAUACCUCGCCGCCGACAUCACGCCAGGCAAGUUGCGCGGCAUCGCAAUCGGUGCGGUAAUGAUUGUACUGCUGGUCCUUGUGCUUGUGUUGCCGCUGGACAGCAUUGAUGGGCUGUCGGAGCAAGACAAACAGGUGAUUGCGGAGGCGAAGGCGAAGGAGGAGGAGCUGCUCAUGAUGCAAGAGGAGCGCUAUCGGGAGCGUCACCUUCAAGCACACGAAGCUCAGUGCGAUAGUAAUGCGACGCCAACAAAAGGGUCUGAACAACCGUCUCACUGCCCUGACGAGGUGGGACAGGAGGGCCUUUCAUCGGAUCGAGAGCCGUUCGUGGGUGGGGAUCUUCCUGAUAGUCCAGAGCGUUCUAUAGCUGCACCUGCACACGGUGUCCAGAGACCUGCACAACCAUCGCUGCGCUUAGACGGUGAGUGUGACGCGGAUGCGAAUGUGGAGAAGAGCGCUCUGAUCGAGGUUAUGGCGCCUGCGGAACCCGUUAGCGCGCACUCACCUAAAGCACCUCAUCAGCGAAGUGAGCCCUUGCGGGAAUCUCUCGGGCUUCCUCUGCACAAGCUCACAGGGACGGAGCGGCCGCUCGUCACGGUGUACAUGCCCGACAGAACGAACGACUUGGGUGAAGAACCGCCAUACUCGCACUGCAGCAGCCCCCUGUUCGAGGCACAACAGCAGCCUUUGAGGCGCUCUACUGGCGCUACACACGACGACGGCCACCACCACUCUGAGCCGCCGCAGAGCCGCCCGGAGGACUCUUUCUUCACUGUACAUCUCGGAGGUGACUACAACAGUCUGCAUGCCUCACUUAGCUGCACUCCUAGCUCUGACUCCGACCCUGAGCACGUUGAACUGCGAUGCACGGCUCCGUCCACGUACAGUAACCCGCGUGUGGAGACGAUCAUGCUCUGCGGCGAAGUCUACGUCGUUCCGGUGUACCAGACCACCUUCCUGGAAAGCCUCACCUAUCUUGAUCUCUGGCUCAUGUUCUACACCACGCUCUGCGUCUGGGGCAUAGGCCUCGUCAUGACCGCCAACUGGAACAUUCAGAUCAUGGUGAAGGCACGCUACGGCGCCAUGGAGCCGAAGCACUACAUUCUCUUCGCUGCCAUGUCUGGCGUAUCCGUCGCUGGCGGCCGCGUAUUCCUCGGCGUCUACGAGCGCGCGCUGCAGGUGCUGCGCGCGCGCGCUGGCACCGUGGUUGUCCCCACGCUCAUCUACCCCGUCGCCUCCGUCGGUCUGUUCCUUGGCGUGCUCUUCUGGAUUGCGCUUCCCGAUGGGAAGGCGCUCAUUCUCCCUUACAUCCUCAGUGGGUUUUUCUACGGCGUGAGCACGAGCGCUACCUUCUACGUGCUAGGCACCAUCUUCGACCGCGACAUGGGUAUGCACUACGGCUUCUGCUAUCUUGGCGGCGCUCUCGGGUUCGUGCUGUGCUACUGGUGUGCGUGGUACCUCACGUACGAACGCGAGGCAUCGCCAUCAACGUUGGGCUACUGCGUUGGUGCGCGUCGCUGCAUGAACCGCGCCGUUGGCAUCUACCUCGCCCUCGCCUUCUCCUCCAUCGCCUCUUCCUACCUUGUGCAUCGUCGCUAUUCGAAGCUGGUGCGCGGGAAGCUGGCGCAGCGUCGCGUCAUUGUUCCGCGUAUCAAGCGCGCAUUAGUGGCGUCAGGGUUCUGUGAAAGCAGCGAUGGAGUGAAGAAGAGUCGGAGUAACGGUAUGGAUGGAGCCUUCGGGGCGAAUGAGUAG